GAAGAGAAAAAAUCCUGAUUCAGACUAAAUCCUUCUCUAUCUUCUUUUUUGAAAAGAUCUUUGUAAAAAUCAGAGGCUAUUUUUAACAUGAGGGAUUUGUCGAUUCAUGCAAGAUGAUCAAGAGCAUGGAAGAUAUUGGAAGGGAUUACUUCUAUGAGAUGGUCUCUGUUUCAUUCCUUCAGCGAGAGGGAUAUACCCAUGUCAUGCAUGAUCUCCUUCAUGAUUUGGCACAGUCACUCUUGAAACAAGACUGCUUCAGAUUGGAAGGUGAUAGGGUGACGGAAAUACCAUGCACCGUUCGGCAUCUCUCUAUUCGCGUUGAGAGUAUGAAACACCAUAAGCAAAGUAUCUGCAGGUUACAUCAUUUACGCACUGUUAUCUGCAUUGACCCACUAACGGAUGAUGUAAGUGAUGUUUUUAAUCAGAUACUGCAGAGACUGAAGAAGUUGCAUGUACUAUAUUUGUCGUUCUACAACAAAAGCAAGUUGCCAGAAUCUAUUGGUGAGCUGAAGCACCUUCGAUAUCUGAACGUUAUGAGAAGUUCGGUUUCUGAGCUGCCGAGAUCAUUGUGUACUCUUUAUCACCUGCAAUUUCUUCAGUUCAGUGAUAAAGUCCAUAGUUUGCCUGAGAUGCUCUGCAACUUACGUAAUCUACGUCAUCUUGGGAUGUACGUUGAUAUGAUGGGCUCAAUAUACAAAUCAACUCGGCAGCAUCUCCCGCAAAUUCCUAACAUAGGCAAGCUAACCUCACUCCAAAACCUUGAGGAUUUUUAUUUGAAGAAGCAGAAGGGCUAUGAGUUGCGACAGCCGGGGAACAUGAACGAGCUUGGUGGCAGUUUAAGUGUCAAAAAUCUCAAUAUUGUCACUGGGAAGGAUGAAGCCUCAGAGGCGAAGCUACAUCAGAAAAGUCAUCUCGAAAGCUUGCAUUUUGCCUGGUGUGGCAGGAAUGAUGUUAGUGCAGAGGAUUGUUUACAUUUGGAGGUUUUAGAAGGUCCGAAGCCACCGCCUCAACUUCUGGCCCUUGCAAUCCAAGGUUAUAGAGCAGCGAAAUAUCCAAAUUGGUUGUUUGAGGAUUCGUAUUUUCUGAAUUUGGAAUCCUUUUCGCUUGCUGAUUGCAGUAUGUUAGAAGGCCUACCAUCCAACAUCGAGCUCUUUAGGAACUGCUGUUUACUUGUCCUCAAGAAUGUCCUAAACCUGAAGAUAUUGCCUUGUCUUCCAGCAGGGAUUAAAAAGUUAGAAAUAAAAAAAUGUCCACUGCUUAUCUUUAUUUCCAACUAUGAGCUGGAACAACAUGAUCAAAGUGAGAACAUCACGAGGACAGACCACAUGCAAUUGCUUCUGUAUGGGAGGUGUCUCAAGAAGUAACGAUUUGGAAGGUACUGUCCUGGGAACAUUCAUCACUGAAGCAGUUGAUCCCAUGGACGGGCGAUGGUACGCCGUUACAUCUUCAAACCAUUGGGAGUGCUCUUGGAACAUGGCCAGGUGAAAUGUUAAGUAUAAAAGAGGAUAUCAUCAAGGCAUGGGUAUGUUGCCACGAGCAGAGGAUAAGACUAAUAUAUGGAGGGAGAGCAGGGCUGCCGCUGGUUGCACCAUCAGGACUUUGUGAACUUUGUCUUCAUGCAAUAUUACAGAUGGAGCAUUAGCUGUUUGCCUUGAUGGCCUCACUUCACUGAAAAGGCUGUGUUUAUCAAAGGUUAUGACUUUAACUACACUUCCAUCAUAAGAGGUCCUCCAACAAUCGACAAAGCUUUGUAACAUGAGAAUCAAAGAAUGCUGGUGUCUCCGAUCAUUAGGGGGCAUACGAGCUGCUACCUCUCUUGAGCACCUUACGUUGGCUUCCUGUCCUUCUUUGGAGUUGGCAAGAGGAGCAGAAAUCAUGCCCUUAUCCCUUCAGUAUCUCUAUAUACACGGGGAUGUGUGCUAGCAGCGGACUUCUUCUGUGGUGACUGGCCACAGUUGAGAAGUAUCCUCAUAUGGGGUUGUAGAAGCACUGCAACCCUGUCGUUUGGUAGUUUAACCUCCCUCGAAUUAUUAUCACUUUCAUCUCUGCCAGAUUUGUGCAUUCUUAAAGGAUUGCCUUCCCUGCAACUUCAUCAUCUAGUUUUACAAAAUGUUCCCGAUCUCACCACCGAGUGCAUCUCACAAUUUCGAGUCCAGGAAUCACUCAACAUUAGCAGCUCCGCGAUGCC